GAAUUGAUUCUUCUUCUUUAAAUCCUUUUUACCUUUUCUUUAUUACCAAAAGGUAAAUACGAAGUGGUCAUCCACCUGCGAAAAAGCGUCAUUUAUAGCAACUCCAAAAUAAAAUCUAAGCUCACUGCCUUUUUUUUUCCCCCUCUGCUUCAGUCUUACACUUACCCCUUAAUAUAUAUAAACACGUUUUCCACCGAAAGCCAUCAUCGCUUGAUUAAGAAAAAUCAAGAUGGCUUGUUUAUCUACUUUGCUUCUGCUAUUUUCUCUUGCUUUUGCUUCUUUCUCCAGUGCAGAAUUCUCAUCUCAGGUUGGAAUAUGCUACGGACAACUUGGGAACAACCUCCCUGUUCCAAAAAAAUCAGUUGACUUAAUCAAAGGUCUCAAAGCCAAAAGAGUCAAGAUCUAUGAUGCAAAUCCAGAAAUCCUUAAAGCUCUUAAAGGCACCGACCUUCAAGUUUCAGUCAUGAUACCAAAUGAACUCAUCAACAACAUCUCUACAAAUCAAACCUUAGCCGAUCAAUGGGUCAAAAACAAUGUUGUACCUUUUUAUCCAGACACAAUGAUCCGUUACCUCCUUGUCGGAAACGAAAUCCUUAGUAGUCCACCUAACACCACUUGGUUCAACCUUGUACCUGCCAUUCGCAAAAUCAGAUCCUCUGUCAAAAAAUUUGGUCUAGUAAAAAUCAAAGUCAGUACACCAUUAGCUAUUGAUAUGCUUGAAUCCUCUUUCCCACCUUCUAAUGGUACUUUUAGGUCUGACAUUUCUGAAAAAGUCAUGAAACCCUUGUUACAUUUCUUGAAUCGAACUAAAUCUUUCCUUUUCAUUGAUGUUUAUCCUUAUUUUGGUUGGGCAGCUCAACCCACUGUAAUUAAUCUCGACUAUGCCUUGUUAGAUUCCAAAAACAUUACUGUUUCGGAUUCGGGUUCGGGUUUAACCUAUACAAAUUUAUUGGACCAAAUGAUUGAUGCAGUGUAUUUCGCUAUGAAAAGAGUCGGGUACCCGGAUGUUCGGUUAUUUAUUGCAGAAACGGGUUGGCCCAAUGCCGGUGGGGUGGAUCAAAUUGGAGCGAACAUCUACAAUGCAGCAACGUACAACCGCAAUGUGAUAAAGAAGUUUACAGCUAAGCCACCUGUUGGAACCCCAGCUAAACCAGGAGUUGUUGUGCCGACAUUAUUAUUUGCUUUGUAUAACGAGAAUCAGAAACCGGGUCCGGGUACGGAGAGGCAUUUCGGGUUAUUGUAUCCUAACGGAACAAAUGUAUAUGGUAUAGACUUGUCGGGAAACACGCCGGAGUCUGAAUAUAAGGCGUUGCCGAGGGCGAGGAACAAUGAGCCGUAUAAGGGGAAAAUUUGGUGUGUUGUUGGGAGAAAAGCUAAUGCGACGGAGUUGGGUGGAGCAAUGUCGUAUGCAUGCGGGCAGGGUAAUCGGACUUGUGAUGAGAUCCGACCCGGAGGGAAAUGUUACAAACCGAAUUCUUUGGUCUUACAUGCUAAUUAUGCAUUUAGUUCUUAUUGGGCUCAGUUUAAGUCAUCUGGAGGAACUUGUUAUUUCAAUGGACUUACCGUUCCUACCAAAAAAGAUCCAAGUUACGGGUCUUGCAAGUUCCCAAGCGUCACACUUUAAAGAUGGGUCCAAUGGAAGCUACGGUGGCAGAUACAUAUAUUAUACGUGAGAAUACAUAGAAGAUUUUUGUUCUAUUCUUCUAUUUAUUGAUUUGUAUUCUUCCGUAUAGAAGAAAAGAACCUAACCUAUCUACAACAAUGUUCAUUUUAAUAAGUAACAAGCAAUAAUUGUGUGUAGUGUAGGGGGAUGAAAUACAUAAAUUAAAUUAAUGCUGUUAUUUAUUUUCACUGAUCCACUUGUUAUAAAAUUUGGACGUUAGCAUAUCAUAGCUGUCACUGUACUUCCUCCUCUUACUUUUUAUUUGUCCAAUUUUGUACACCCCCUUAAGAAAUCAAUGAUUAAUAUUAAUAAUAUUUUUACACAA